AAAACCCAACAACAGGGCGUCUUUAGGGGAUCUUGGCCACAAUACAAUAUAGCUAUUGUUUUGAACGUAUACAUUGAAGACCAGCAGAAGAAAAUGACCAGCGAACCUGAGGAGGCAGAGGUUUCGGGCGUUGUUUCAGCGGUUGCUGCCGCACAGAGCACGGGCGAGGCGGGAACGUUAUUGGAAGUUACUUUCCAGAGGAACCCCCGUCAAAAAUACAAAUACCUGGAGGCAGAACCCAAGAUUUUAGGGGUGACCGAGAUCGCGCUGACUGUCUUCUUCGUUGUUGGCAGAAUUCCGUUUUAUAUAGGAAUAUCCGGAUUGAUUUUAAACAGCUUAAUGCUGGCAUUUUCAUGUGUUGGCAUAAUUUCUGGCGCUGUAGCAGUAGCAGCGCAGAAUCUUCACCUGCGGACACUCAAGGCUUGUUUGGGAAUGCAGGUGGUCACAUGUGUGGCAUAUACUUUCUGUCUUAUGGGAACAUCUGUUGAGCUAGAUCCACACCUUAUUGGCUGCUGGCAUCAUAAUGACAGCGAGAUAACACAUGAAAAUGACACAUGUAUACAAUUAGAGAAGGGAUUUGAUCUACUGUAUUCAUUAGAUGAGCUCACGGAGGUGACUCAGAUUGUCCUCUCUGUCACACUAGCUGCAUACUGCUGCAAGGUGAUUCCUUGCUGCACUCCCAGAUCUCAUGUGCCUGUCAUCGUUAUGACGCCACCCACAACUCCGCAAUGAAAGUGAGAGUGUGUGCAUCUAAAAAGACUAAUAUUACUAAUAAAUCUCAAUCUUAGAACAC